AUGAUGUAUUGCUCUUCAGCUGGUUUGCUGGGCGGUCCUGACUUUGGUAAGUAUCCCUUGGCAGCACGAUGGUUGGAAGCAGGGAUUUCCGGACAAGACACUCCCGGGAUGUUACGAGCUGGUCUCAAAAGACUCGGUGACUCCAAGUUCUUUUUGGUAGAAGAACCAUUUCGGCUCCAAGAGGAACUCACCAUGAAGAAAAAGGCAUUGGAUGAUCCAGAGCGAUUCCCCACCGUCUUUGUGGCAGAGUCUGAUGACAAGUGCUUGCAAGCCCAACAAGAAUGUUUGAAACUCUUUCUUGAUUACUUGCCACGGCGAUAUCCAGAUUUGUAUUCGUUCGACAAAGAACAAAACUCCAUUCAUGUCAAAUGCAUGGAUACCACCUUUCACAUCAGUGAUUAUUCAGAACGACCCUUGGAACUUUGUGAACGAAUUGUCCAAGAAGAUCUGGUCUUGAUG